GUGUGUGUGUGUGGAGUGAGAGCUGUUUUGGGGCGAGAACGUGCACGUUAGGCCCCAAACAUGUGCAUGUGCACGUGUGACUAGUGGAGCCCCGAUCAAAAUGUAAAAACCUCCUUUAAUUGAGGUGGCGUUGCGAUCGCUGACCAUGGUUUGAGUCGUGGCCAGAAAAAAACGUGAGCCGGACGCCACCGGGGAGCAGGCGGGAGAGGGACGCAGGGAAUGAGUGGGAGAGAGAGACGCGCUUAUAAAGCCAAGUCCUGGCACUUUGGGGGGAAUCUGUGAGGCGGCCCCUCUCCCGACUCGUGUCCCGCUCUCCUGCAGGAGCCCUCCAUCGAUAACACGAGUGACAUGUGGAGGAAACGCUGAAGCUUCUCUUGGGUCACUCAGGUUCAGCUGGAAGAUGACGCCUGCCACACCUCCGUCGUCCCGUAGCUCCUCUCCCCAGAAGGUUUGCCAUUCCCAGACCCAGACGGAUGUUUUGAAGCCGCUGCUGGGCGGAGCAACUAGCGGCGGGGCGGCGCUCAGGAAGAGGAGGCGUGUCCUGUCCAAAGAUGGCCGCAGCAACAUUCGUAUUGAACACGUCAGCGGCCGUGGCGCCCUGUACAUGCGAGACCUCUGGACGACGUUCGUGGACAUGCAGUGGCGCUACAAGUUCUUCCUCUUCACCGCCACGUUCGCCGGGACCUGGUUCCUGUUCGGGGUGCUGUGGUACCUGGUGGCGCUGGUGCACGGAGACCUGCUGGAGUUCGACCCGCCGUCCAAUCACACGCCGUGUGUGAUGCAGAUGCAGUCGCUAACAGGGGCCUUCCUCUUCUCGCUGGAGUCCCAGACCACCAUUGGUUACGGGUUCCGCUGCAUCACAGAGGAAUGUCCGGCGGCCAUCGUACUGCUCAUCAUCCAGCUGGUCAUCACCAUGCUGAUGGAGAUCUUCAUCACCGGAACCUUCUUGGCCAAGGUUGCUCGGCCAAAGAAGCGUGGCGAGACGGUGAAGUUCAGUCAGCACGCUGUGGUGUCCACCCACGAGGGCAGACCCUGUCUGAUGAUCCGAGUGGCGAACAUGCGCAAGAGUCUCCUCAUUGGCUGCCAGGUCACGGGGAAGUUGCUCCAGUCCUCUCUGACCAAGGAGGGCGAGACGGUUCGCCUUGACCAGAGGAACGUGCCUUUCCAAGUGGACACGUCGAGUGACAGCCCCUUCCUCAUCCUCCCCCUCACGUUCUACCACGUCAUCGACGACACCAGCCCUCUGAGAGCUUGGGCCGCCAAGGGUGGAGGUUGGUCCGACCCAGAGCUGGCCGACUUCGAGCUGCUCAUCAUCAUGAGCGCUACAAUAGAGCCGACGUCCGCCACCUGCCAGGUUCGCACCUCCUACCUUCCAGAUGAGAUCCUGUGGGGCUACGAGUUCCCCCCGGUCGUCUCCCUCUCGCCCUCCGGAAAGUACGUGGCGGACUUUGCCUUUUUUGACAAGGUGGCCAAGACAAAGACCAUGCCCAUAUUUAAACCGGAGGGUCCCAAACAUGCGUAUCAGAGCAACGGAGGGGCAACUGUCCAAGAGACUUCAAACCCAGAGAAAAUUCGCCUGGAGCAGAGCUACAGGGAGGAUGAACGGGGGCGGGGCCGCGAUGCCCCUCUGAGUGUCCGCAUCAGCAAUGUGUGACAUACACAGGGCAUCGGGUGCAGAGUGGAACCGGCGUCUGGAACUGUAGUAGGCGCACUAAUCACGGCACUAACCAUCGAGGAAGCCGCUACACCAACGCGAGGAUGGAAACCUAUGGUCGCGUGAGUUGAUGGAAACAGGAACUGACAGAAAAAGCAUCGCACGUAACCUGCAAUUGUAACUCAGUUGUUCCAUCUACCUUUCAUAGCUCAGGAUUCUGGACACUUUUGGAAGAGAGUUGGUUUUCCAUAUUUGGCAGAAUAUUUUCAUCUCAUGGUGACUUAUGCAGUUUGAAUGUGUGGGUGGGGGGAUACACUGAAUGUAACCUCCCCUCAGAUACCGGAAGAAUUCAGUCAUGUCUCUGGUUCUACUCCUUCUCUGUGUGUUUCUGGCCCCACAAGGUAAAUAUUUUCAUUUUCAUUCAUCCACGCUUGUUGCAGACUUUGUUUUGAAGCUGCAGCACUUGUCCAGUGAUGUACUUUUGCUAACAAGUAGCUGUACUUGUGGAAUAACAAAUAAACCAGGUAUCGUUCUUGUACGACUUGUCUGAUGUUUUCAGUGUAUGCUGUUUACAUCUGGUCUCCCUGCUGGAUGUUUUUCACCACAGCUACAAGGCACAGUAGUCGUAGUAAUAGUGGACAUUUUACAAGAGCUGUAGAGAAGCGACGGAGAACAAAAGAGGAAAUGUGCAAUGCUGCUUGCAGAGGAAAUAGAUGCUCGACAAAGUAGAUAGAAUUCCACUAAACACUCUUUACUCGUGUGGUUUGUUUGCCUGCUUCACUCAAAACCCUCCACCUCUGAUCUGUGAAACUUUUCAAAACUUGAAAGUCAUCCACUGAAGCGCGCGUCUUCGUCUAUAUCUGUAGAGGGAGAUAAAGCUGCUAUCUCCACACACCAGUCGUUUUUUUAUUGAAUUUAUUUUAGUAUAUUUUCCAACACCACAUCUCUCCUAAUUUUCCAGAGGUUAUGUUAUAUUCAUUAUUUUUCUUUCUAUCUUUUUAUCUGUGAUCAGGCUUUGUAGAUGUGUUUCAUUCAGUUGUUUCCCUUAAUAAACUACGUAUUCACAUAUGCACUCAUUGAAUUAGUAAUUAAUAAUUAUCAAGUAUCAACCAGUGUCUUGUUAAGACUGAAUAGUUUUUACCCUGGAAAAGACACAGAAAGUUCCCUGUAAUCAUCACCAUCGUUGCAGAGUGCUGACCGUAAGUAAGCCAGUACUUAGUUUAUUAAUACUUUAUAUGUCUUCCCCAAUCAGAUGUGUUGCAGAGAAUUUAUAAAUAACACAAGCCAAUGUCAAUAUUUGGUGCAAAAAAACACCAUAGUGGCGUGUGAUUUGUGAUCAUAAACCUGUGCGUUCAUGGAGCCGCAUCACCGUAUCAUGUAUUAUGUGACCACACAUACAUUUUGUUCGCUCAUAUUAGUAUUUUACAUGCACGUUUCACUUGGUUUGUGGCCACAAUUUUAUUUAUUUUGCCAUCUCAGGUGUGGGGCUCUGUAAUGUGCUCUGCGACGCCGCUAAAUUCUGGCAACCCACGUCCCCAUUCUCGAAGUGCAAUGAAAAAUCUGGCAACACAAUCCUCUGCUUCAGCGGUGACAGCACCGACUCCCCACGCCAUGCACUUUUUUUUUGUCAUUUUCUACCUUAUUAUUAUUAUUUAAAAAGAAAAGUCUGAGACAUAACAAAUCAAAACAAUAACUGUCUUUGACAACCGUACGCUAAUGUUUUCUCAACUAUUUAUGCAUUGCUUUCAAAAAAUAAAAAAUAAAAACCCUUUGGAUAUUCUGUAUUCAGUAUUAUUUGGUUUACAGCCAAGCAUUUUAAAUUUGAUUCAGCCUUUUCAAUUAGGUCCAUCUCUAUUUUUAUUUUUUUUUUAUGUGAAAGAAAUUGACUUAGAGAAUUAGACUUUGACUUGAAUUAGAGAUUUCUACAGACAUGAAUCAGCUUAAGAUGUAUUAGGUAUAUUACAUUUUGAGCCAUUUUAACUUUUCUAUUUUUAUUUCUUUACAGUAUUUAUUUUUUUAAUGUUGGUCAAAUGUUUCAAGAACCUGAAGGUCACACAUCAGGAACACAAGCACGUGUGAGUUCCUGACACCAGACUGAAGUAGUUAACAAAAAUUUUUACUCAGAGUCGUUCACACAUGAAUCUACUGCCAGAAAAACAAACCAACGCACACUAAAUGACCAAAGACCGUAUUAAAUUAAAUGUUUGAUCAACAAUUUUCUGACCACUGUCACAAUACCUCAAUUCUUAAAAAGUUGUUUCCAUGUGAACGCAUGCGGCGUGUCUCCUCACAUAUUGAGUACUAAAAAACAUAAGUCACACAGUCACUUAUUUGUGCGUGAGAAGUAUUAAAGUAUAAUACAGCAGUUCUGUAUAAAGACUGGAAAACAAAGGUGCAUGAAUUUCUUCCAUCUUGAAAUUUGGAUAAACUCAUCCAGCAUUUUGAACAAUCAAAACCAGGUCCCUUCAUGGCUAUAAUGCCGCAUUGCUGUAUCCAGCCGGGCGAUACGGAUUGGGUCCCUUUCACCGAGUCCAAUGCAAAAUGAAAAAAAAAAAAAAAACCGAAUACACUGGUACCUCAGUUCUCAACCACAAUCCGUUCCAGACCGCCGUUAGAGAAGUGAUUUGUUCGAAAUCUGAAUCGUUUUUUCCCAUUACAAUGAAUGGGAUGGGUCAGCUGAGCACGUUAUGGUUUUUCCAGCUUUUUUUGGGGGGCGUUCGAGUUCUGGAUUUUCGUUGGAAAUCGUUGGAAAGCAAAAAAAUCUCAAAAUUUUUGUUCGAAUUCUGGGACGUUUGAAAACUGAGGUCUGAACAUGACUGUCAGGGCUGGGAUUUUUAUUUUAUUUUUGCAACAUGUACAGUCCAGAGUUUUGGGUCUAUUUUUGCCUGUUAGUUUCAGCACACGUGACAGUGCACCUCAGUCUCAGACUUUUAUUUCUCUUUCAUGGGCAAAUCUAGUCGGAUUAGGAGGCAGAGAUGAGGAUCAGAGCUUCUUAGUGUGGAACCAAGGUUCUCAAAAGAAAACAAAGUGGAGAAAUGUUAGGAUCAGUAACCUGUAGACCAGGGUGAAAGUGCCGAGCGGCACGAGUGACCUGUGACUGAAAAACUAGUGAGGCGAUGGACCUGGUUGAGGGAAGAACCCAUGUUGUCGUGCUGCACCUGUCUGGGCCGGACAUAAGGAGUAACUGUGUCUCUU